AUGCAGGGCGCAGGGCAUUUACCCUGUGCCCCGGGGCAGGGCCGGGCCUUCACAGGUGCCUCACCUGGGUCUCAGCAGCCCCGGGGCGCAGGCGGGAGGAGCCCCGGGGCCCGGGGCGGCGGAGGCGCGGGCUGGGCGGACCCUCGGACGGGCCUGAGCCUGCUGUCGCUGGGGACGUGCCUGGGCCUGGCGUGGUUUGUAUUUCAGCAGUCGGAAAAGUUCGCAAAGGUGGAAAACCAAUACCAGUUACUGAAAAUAGAAACUGACGAGUUCCAAGGACUUCAAAGUAAAAUCAGUUUAAUUUCAGAAAAGCUUGAGUCUACUGAAAGUAUCCUGCAGGAAGCUACAUCAUCCAUGUCUUUGAUGACCCAGUUUGAGCAGGAAGUAUCCAGCCUCCAAAGUAUCAUGGAUGACAUUCAAAAUAGUGAAGACACACUCACUCAAAAGAUGCAAAUCCUUAAUGAGAAAUUCCAGAAUAUUACGGAUUUCUGGAAGAGAAGCCUAGAAGAAAUGAAUGUUAAUACAGACAUUUUCAAAUCAGAAGCAAAACAUAUACAUUCUCAAGUUACUGUCCAAAUUAACUCAGCUGAGCAAGGAAUAAAAUCACUCACUGAACGGCUAAAAGAUUUGGAAGAUAGCACACUAAGAAAUAUUAGAACAGUAAAAAGACAAGAAGAAGAAGAUCUUCUGCGAGUAGAAGAGCAACUUGGCUCUGAUACAAAAGCAGUUGAAAAGUUAGAAGAGGAACAACACGCUCUCUUUGCCAGAGAUGAAGAACUGACUAAUAAACUUUUCAAUUAUGAACCCAAAGUCGAAGAAUGCAAGACACAUUUGCCAACAAUCGAAAGUGCCAUUCACUCUGUUCUCAGAGUCUCUCAGGAUCUGAUCGGAACAGAAAAGAAAGUGGAAGACCUGACUAUGCAGAUGUUUAACAUGGAAGACGAUAUGCUGAAAGCAGUAUCUGAAAUAAUGGAUAUGCAAAAAACUCUUGAAGGAAUUCAGUAUGAUAAUAGCAUAUUAAAGAUGCAAAAUGAACUGGAUGUUCUGAAAGGAAAAGUUCAUGAUUUUAUAGCAUAUGCAAGUAAAAAAGAAAAGGAAACUUUAGAAGAAUAUAAUCUAGAAAACAAAGGAAUUAGUAGUGAUUUUUAAAUUCACUGCAUUUAUUCCAAUGAACCAUAUUAUUAUACAUAAAUUGAUUAGUUCCAUGUUUUUUAGUUAUUUUGGUAUGCCUCACUUUAUCUUACAUUAUUGGAAAAAUAAGUGAGAUGUGCACACAAAUCCAUGUAAAAAAAGCUUAGCUUUUUAAGCACUAAAAUUUAUUUCAUUUUAAAUAUAAAUAGCUCUAAAAUACAUAUUCUCUACUUUUCAGAGCAACAGGCUUAAUCUUUUAAAAUGUUUUUUCUAAUAAUUAAUGGACAUCAUUAUGAAUUUUACGUAUUAUAUUGGACCUAAAUACAUUGAUGUCUCUAGGAGCUAUUGGAGAAUGUUUAUUACUUCACUAAAUGACCCCAGUUUGCUAUUUUUCAAACCUAUGUCUGUUUCUUAUACCUUUUCUAUCACUUGAUCUUAAUGUCAGGUUGGUUGGCAAUGUGCCUUCCUCAGCCAGUUCUUUUCUUUGUAAUUCACUGCAGGCUAAGAAUCCAGAUAACCAAGUUCACAGGAGUUUUGUCUAAAAUAAAAGAUAACAUGCCUGAAGGAAAACCUGGAAGUUUUGCUAUGAAUUAAUAUGCACUUUCUGGAAAUUAGGAAGCCAGGGAAAUAUUUUACUUUUUGUUAAGUUUCUAAACUGUGUUACACAUAUCUGUUAGAAUUUUUAUUUUUUAUUUUUGGCUGCUGACCAGUAUGGGGAAUGGGAUUCAAACCAUUGUCGUUGGUGUUACCAACACUUGUUCUAACCAACAGAACUAACCAGCCAGCCCAGAAUUUUUAAAUACAAGUAAAUAAAUAAAUAAAUGUUCUUAUUUAAGGCCUUUCCUGUGAAUUCAGUGUGUAUGCUUUGAAGUAUGAACUUUUGUAAUAUCUUUGUGUACCUGGGCUUUUUUUUUUUUUUUUAAGGUUCUAUCUGUGUUAGACUCAAGUUUGCUAGAUACGUGAUCUCUAUAUAUGCACAAUAAAAAUAUACCAAUAAACCUGUGGCCUGUUUUAAAGAGGAAAAAGUGGCAUAGCAAUUAAUAAUAAUUAUGAUCAUUAAAAGUAUGUCAUGAUUUCAAAGAUUCCCCAAACUACCAAACUAAGUUUGUCUUACAUAUUGAUUUUAUUUUAUUCAGAUUUAUAUGAUGUAGUCAACUGCAUAUGGAAGUCCUGCUCUUGUUUCUUUUUGCCAGUAACCAUCCCAGUUCUAUAAUGCAGUUUCAGUGGAAUUAAACGCACAGAACUUGAAAGCAGUCAGUUACAAAAGGUAGUUGUUGCCACUUGGUUUUACUACGUAAAUUUGCAAGUUUUUGGCGAAAUUCCAAAUAAGUUCUACAUUGGAGUUCAUAGCCAUGAGUCAUAAAAAUAAGCCUGGAAGAGUGCUACUAUUAAGGGCCAUGGCAUUAUUUUCUGAAAUCUUAACAUUAAAUCUCUUGACUUCUGAAUGUCUUAAGUUUUUAUCUGUGUGCACUGACAAAAUUAUAUUUUUUUGCUUUUAUGUUAAUGCCAAUAAAAUAGAUUACAAAAUUAGCCGGAACUUUUUGUUUCCCUCUAUCAUGUCAGGGCAGAUGUGAUCUCUUUCCUUGCAUUCUUUUAAUAACUUUUUUUUGCCUGUCACCAGAUUUGAUACAACUUUAUUAUGAACUUGUGUAUACCAUGGUAAUCGUUACUGAAAGUAAGUGGAAACAAGGUGGCCACUGUGCUCUGUAAUGACCCUUACAAGGGAAACAAAAACUGCCCUUCUACAAAUAUUACAUGAGAGAACUAUUGAUGUGUAUGUGUAUAUAUGUAUAUAUUCCUUUACUAAGAGGUUUUCCUAUUAAAAAAUUGUCAGAGAGAUUUAAA